UUCACUUGAAACCGUAUUAUGACUACAAAGUGCACUUGUUUUUAUGGUCAUUAUAGCCUUUCAUCGUCGGAUGAAGAUGAUGUUUACAUUUAACCAUUAAAACCAAUUACUGCUAAAAUAUACUAAUCACUAUAUACUCUGCUGGUAUUGUAACAAUAUACUGUGAAUGAUGUUCAAAGUUUGUUCUGUAACAGCAAAACUGUCUUCAGCAAUUAUGAAAUGUAAUAAAGUUACGUCUUGUUAUAAUAUCGUUUAUUAUGUGUAGGUAUGUUUUUAUGUUAUGUAGCUAUAUUCAGUCAUAAACAGAAAGUCCAUUUGGAUCUUUUUUCGUAACCUAACUAAAACUAAGCGUAUUUGUUUGGGAGGCGUCUGGGUUAGGUAAGACUAUAAGUCCGUUCUAAAAUAAUUCCAGUGGUAAUUAUUUUGCUUUAUAAACAUAUUGUCAACAUAAGUUUUAAAACAGCCAAAACAGUUUAUGGAUAAUAAAUGGAAUGACAGAAUUUUUUUUUUAAUUACUUCAGCAGAGUUCGUUUGUUUCGAUGAGCUUAGUCAAACUGAACUAGCUUCUUGACAAGUAACCUAAAAUUCAUUAAAAUAAAGAAAAUAUAGUUUGCUUCGGUGGCCUGCUGUCGUGAUAAAAUAGUCUAUAACUGUGUUUAUUAACGAAACUAGCACUGCUGUGAGUAGAAACGUUUUUACUAAACAUCCAAAGUAUAUUUUAAAAGCACACUUUAGAAAAUGUAAUAAAUAAAAAAAUGACUAUGUCUAUAAACGUUAAGUCAAUUUCUUAAAACCGUAUUAUAACACUCUGGUAUGUUUUUGUAAUGGUUAUCUUAGCCACGCAUUUUCAUUCUUAAAAAUAUCAGUUUUAAUAACAUUAUACGAUUAAAUUUUAAAUGAUUGACGAAUACGCUUUAAUAAAAUGUGUCUAAUACUAUAUUAGACAAGCUAAGAUUAUGUGUGUCAAAGAUUUCCUCUUCGAGAAAUUACUGAUUUUGUACUCCGGAUUUAAAUCGCAUGACUUAACUAGUUAAAUUUUAAUCCACAAUUACUUUUAAUUAAUGUUAUAUGUGAUGUCCAUAUAGUGAGAGAGAAUUAUAAGAAUAUAACAUUAAUAAAAUAACAGCGAAAAGCAGCUGAAACGCUGUGAAACAGGCGCGCCGUAGAGCGGAGUGAGGGACCACUCUUGAUGACGUCACGCGCUUGAAAACAGGCCUUGUGUCCAGAGGGUGUUGGCUGGGCCUCGCGGCCUCAAUGUUUCCAUUACAAAUAACCAUGCUGUCAGGGGCGCAACAACAGGGGGGGGGGCAUGGGUAUUUCCCCCCCCCCCUUUCUGAAACCUUAAAGUGGGGGCAAAUGGGGGCAAAGAAAGUGCUGUGUAAUCAAUUUUUAGAUAAUAAAACUGCUUAAAUAGCACCAUUUUCCACCUUGAAAUAAAGAUUUUCCCGGGGAAAGACCCCCGGACCCCCCCCCCCCGCUUCAAUAGGGGGGGAUAGAUGAUUCUUCAUAAAAAGGAAUAUUGCCCACCCUUUGGAAAUUUAGUUGUUGCGCCCCUGCAUGCUGUGUCUAUGUUUUUAGAGAUAGAGUAUCAGUCCCGCUGACUUUUUUUUAAAGAAUUCAACUCAGUCAAGGGUGCAGUACAGCUGUUUAAGCGAUUUAAUUAAUAGCCUGAAAAGUAUGAUAUUUUGAAUAUUAUAUCACAUGAUAUCACCAUCUUGAAAUAAAAAAUUAAAACUUUUGAAGCCAUAGCACUGUUAAAGGUCUUCAAAAUCUACAACAUGGUUUUUGUUUGACGCUAUUAUCAAAAAAAUUGUGGAAAUCGCGCAAUAAUUUGUUUUGCAUGUAAAUGCCUAUCCCGCGGCCGGAGUGAAUUUGGUUGAAGCCCGGCCUUACUUCCGGACAAUAUAUCACCCUGGGUUCAGCCUGGCAAACGUUGGGUACUGCAGCUAGUAUUAUAUAUAAACCUUAUGGACAUUAAUUAUAUUCUAUUUAAACUCCAUUUAAAAAUAGUUACAGGUAAAGGUGUAUGUGACUGCGUACAGUGAAGUAUGCGUAAGAAUUGGUGUGUAGUUAAUUUUUAAAAGUUGUAAUAUGUUCACAUUUCCCGUAAUAGACGCUUGGGCACGCGUUUUAGGCCCUUGACAACGUUAAUUUGACCGCUGGGCGGAAGGAUACCAAACAAGAUAAAUAAUAUGAUAGCACAGUGGUAGAGUCGACUAUGCUUAAUAACAUCCGAAAAUUUGCCGCUGUAGACCUGUGCGUAUCACCGAAAAUUUGCAGUAAGCCCUAGAUGACAGCAACUGACAGCAGUUCAUUAAAAUGUUUUCCAUUUACGCACUCUUUACCGUAGACUCUCGAUAGCUUUAUGAAAAUAAUCUUAAAGCACUACUACACACAUUUAUAAUGAAUAAAGUUCUAAGUGUUAAUAUAAAUGGUAGGAAAAAAAUUGUUUCAUUAAUGAAAUAAGUUUUUUUACAUCAGUCAAGGAAAUAAAAAUAUUGUUCACUUAAAAAUAAAGGGUUUUACGAAAAUAUUUCUUGAACAAAAGUUGUUGUAUAAUUCUUAAGCUUAACAGCGACAUAUCUCUUAAAGGUCUAGCUUAAUUUAUUGGAUCACUAGAGCCUUCCGAGCGUAUCAAUGUCGUCUACGCACUGAGACAGAGCCACAUCCGCAAGCGCUGGGGCCACUUCCACUCCCACGAAAUAGAAGAGUUUAAAUCUUUGUAAAAUUUGCUCCAAACUGAAAUUUGAAACAGUAGUAACAUACACGUUUUCUAGCAACAUGUGAAAUGUUUACCUCCGAAAACCUUGCGCGUAACACCGAAAACAUGUAAUUAAGUACUAAAUAAUACUUUAUUGGCAAUUUAACAAUAACAAUUUAACAAUUUAACGUAAUUACUAUAGUAGACCUUCAUAAUAGCAAACCAAAACUAACUCAAAACAUUAAUCUCUAUGAUUAAAUUUAAAAACCUUUCACUACGUUUGACUAAAUAUGCCAUGUAUUCAAUAAUAUUAGGAGAGAGGUGUUAUGCAAAAAAAUGGCACAAAUGGAAAUACGCAUGAAAAGCCCGAUGUGAAAACAUUAAAUAAAAGUAGUUGCAAAGUUCUUAAGUUUUACAUUAGUUUAUUUGUUCAGAGUCUGGUACAAAUUGUCUGACCGCCGAAGCGAUCCGAGCCGCGUAGUGUGCACUACUGCGAGGUUGCUGAAGUUGGCUCGGGUCGGGACGAAUUUCGCUGUUAAGAAACAAAGUUUUUUUAAUACAUGGAAAAUUAUCCCAAAGAAGAAACUUUGUACAGUUGUAGAAUGACCGUUUUUUUAGUAACAUGUAAAAAGUUUACCGAUGUAACCCCUGUGAUCACACCAAUAAUGAGCAUUUAAGUCCUAAAUGAUAAUUUCCCAAACGAUCCACAAAAUUGUGUUUCGUAAAUAAUUUAAUAACUCCAUAAAUACUUUUUUUAAGUAGGCUCUCAGUAUACAGCAAACUUGGUUUUUCUUCAAACGCCAUACUGCUACGGUAAUAGGAAUAUGAAAUCACUACAGACAAUAUUUUGUUCCGUUUACUGUGGUGAAACCAGAGCUAACCGAGAAAUGACCGAGCGUCCCGGAAAGUUGUGAUAUUUGACGAUAUUUGACUAUAUUGCGCGAGUAGCACACCCGUACGUGACAGAGAAUGACUAGUUUCCUUAACCGUUAGGAUUUCUGGGACGAACACCCUCUCACAGCUAGGGUCAUAAAAUAAGGUCAAACUCUUGCAAAAACAUCCACCACCGCUCUUUGCCACUAGCAAUCCAACGACGUCAGCUAGGCGCAGCACUCAAAUACAAUAACUUAUAAAAAAAACUAAAUAUGUAAUGCUACCUAUACAUUUUACAACACAACUUGUGUUUUAUUUAUUUUAUGAAAAAAAAAAGUAAAGCUAUUAUUAUAGGAAUUAUGUUAUAAAAAUGAAAAAAAAACUCAGAGUACAUUUACGAUGUAUCGUUUUAUUAAAUUUUUAUGUAGCAAAAUGAUUUUAAAGAAGUAAAUAUAUAAUUUUUAAUAUUUUCGAAUACAGACUACAUUAAAAUUUUGCAUUGUUCUGAUCGAAAAUAAAACGAUAUAUCAGAAAUAAAAAAAUAAAAAAACAGUUGCUACAAAAAUAAUUUUUAAUAAUAAAAUUGUUGUAACAGAUUAAAUCCUUGCAUAUAUAAAACCAGAGGUCCUCUAGAGUUUUUCAUUUACAAGUUCCAAGCAGAAAUCGUUUAUUUUUAAUUUUAUUGUAUCAGAAAAAUUCAUAUAAGAAAAAAAUGCAUAAUCUCAAUACAUGUAACAUAAAUACACCCUAUCAUAUGAAUUAAAUAUGUUAAAAGUAAUCCCUAAGUAAGACCAAGUUGAAUGAGUGUCUCAGUACGCAGUGUGUCGCAAUGCCGCGCCGGCGCGGCGGUGGCCGUGAGAUCAGUACGGCCGCAGUACACUGCAACGCUCGGGCCGCUUUAAUAAGCUAACUAAUUACGUUAGACUCUUUAUAAAUAUACUGUCUUAAAGCUAAAGGUAUAACCACAAACAUUUAUUUGGACAUUUUCGCAUUGGGCUCUUCAAAUUGGUGUAUAUCGUAUUUUUAUCUGGGUGGCAAAGAUAAAAAAAGUCAUGAAUUAAUCGCUUAAUAUCAUAUCUUUAAUAUUAAUAAUUUAUGCUUUUUACAACAUUAAUUGCUGCAUUAGAGUCUCAAGAUUAUUUUGGUAAUUUUAUGGACAGUGUAAAUUAAAAACUGUACAAAUGGGUAGCAUUUUAAUGGACUGAUGUAAGUCGCUGUCAUCAAGGACUUAAAUGCAAAUUUUCGGUGAUACGCACAAGGUAUAGGUACAGCGGUAAACUUUCGGUAUGUUAUUUUAUUAAGCAUAGUCAACUCUACCUACUUGUAGCUGGCUUUUUGUAGAAUGAUGUACAAUAAUGAUUAUUGACAGAACAAUAUAAGCAUUACGUGUUCUUCCGCCUGUAUCAGCAGCAGUGUUGCACUGAUUGUACAAAAUUUAUUUUACUCUUCAGACAACUAAUGGCAGUCUUGAAAUUUUCUGCAAAUUUGCAGCAAAACCAAUUUGAUAGUAUAAUAAUUUCAAUCAGACUUACUACAAGCAUAUGAAAGCACACUUGUUAUAAGCUUGUUGCAAACACUUCACUACUAGCUUGCUGCAUUGCAAACAUCUCAUGACAUCUAGUGGCAAGCCACUGACAGCUUGGCAUGGUAAGUUUGCUGCAAGCUGGUCAUGGCAAACCAGCUGCGAGCUUGUCAAGGCAAUAAGCCUGCUGCAAGCUUGUCAUGGCAAACCAGCUGCAAGCUUGUCAAGGCAAGCCUGCUGCAAGCUUGUCACGGCAAACCAGCUGCAAGCUUGUCACGGCAAACCAGCUGCAAGCUUUUCAUGGCAAACCAGCAGCAAACAUGUCAUGGCAAACCAGCUGCAAGCUUGUCGCGGCAAGCCAGCUGCAAGCUUUCAUGGCAAACCUAAUGCAAGCUUGUCACGGCAAACCAGCUGCAAGCGUGUCAUGGCAAACCUAAUGCAAGCUUGUCACGGCAAACCAGCUGCAAGCUUGUCAUGGCAAACCAGCACCAAAAAUGUAAUGGCAAACCAGCUACAAGCUUGUCGCGGCAAGCUUGCUGCAAGCUUGUCACGAUAAGCCAGCUGCAAUUUUGUCAAGGCAAGCCUGCUGCAAGCUUGUCAUGGCAACCAGCUGCAAGCUUGUCACGGCAAGCCUGCUGCAAGCUUGAUUCAAUCACAUUAUGGCAAGCUUUCUGCAAGCUUAUCAUGGCAGGAUUGCUGCUGCAAGCUUGUCAAAUGUAAACUAGUUAGCUUGAAUCAAGCUUGAUUCAAGCUAACACACUUGCCAUGGCAAGCUUGAUUCAAUCUUGUAGGCUUGUCAUGACUCAUGGCAAGCUUGAUUCAAGCUCGAUUCAAGUCUAUUUUACUAUCUGGGUAGUUAGUGGCUUGACCUAAUCAUCACCUCUAAUUCUAACAAAGUUGUGUGCCAUGGGUAUCUUCCUGCACCGGGUCUAUCACGCCACAAUUUAUUUACCAUGCUUUUCCAUUCGCACACCUAAGUUUCUAGCUACAGAAAUAUCAAAAUUUUUUCAAACUGAUUUGCUUAACAAAGUUGUCUAGUUAUUCUUAUAAACCCGGCGUGUGGCGCGUCCUCCGUCUGCACAGAUGACACCGGCAUCUUGUUAUUGACGGCUCGAGGGGAUACUUGCUUUCAGAAAAUAUAAGGGAGCUAUUAAACGCGACGAUGAAGUGUCAAAUACAGUUUUUGAAUCCUAGCAUGUACUAAGAAACAGUUGUAUCCAAGAUGUACGCAAGGCUAAAUUGCUUACACCAGCCGGCUCACGGCUCAAAUAAGGCGUGAUUUAAGAAAUAAUGUUAAUGCAAACAAAGCUCCAACUGCGAAAAAUGUAUUAACUCUAACGAUUGCAAUUCUCAUUUCCUAAUAAAUUUCAUUCCUGUGGCACCUGACAUCCAAAAUAAGGCUACAAAAGUCAUGUUCAUAAUUCAGAAAGUCAGUUGGAAAAAACAUAAUGAUACGGUUCUUUUUAAGGCCCGUUCUACAAUGGCACGGAAAAAGUUACGACAGUUGCCCCUAAUAAAUAUUUUAUUUCAUUUACAGUAAUUAUAUUAGAUAGUUUUGGGUCGCAUAUUUAUUACAACUAAAUCGAGCAUAAAAGUUGCAAUUUUGGAGCACUAACGACCAUAUUUCGGCACUAACCAGCACUAACGUAGCACUAACGAAUGCAUUUAAUGAAUUUUUCAUAUUGUGCUUUUUCUCAUGUUUCCGGGCCAGCUUGACGUCAAGCCAGCCCGGAUCACAAAAUCGGCCAUAAAAGUUGCAAUUUUUUAGCACUAACUACCAUAUUUCGGCACUAACAAGCACUAACGUAGCACUAACGAAUGCAUGUAUUGAAUUUUUCAUUUUGUGCUUUUUCCUAUGUUUCCGGGCCAGCUUGACGUCAAGCGAGCCCGGAUAACUAAAUCGUCCAUAAAAGUUGCAAUUUUGGAGCACUAAGGACCAUAUUUCGGCACUAACCAGCACUAACGUAGCACUAACGAAUUUUGAUAAAAAAUUAUUCCCGACGAAAUAUGACUGGGCCCACUUGACGGACAUAUCACGUAAACGGAGACGGAUCUCACGGAACAGAGUUUCCACAAUGGCACGCAGAUGGAGACGGACCCGCACGGAUUAGCUCGGCAAUGCUGAGCUCUUCCGUUUAAGUUGCUCCGUGCGACCAAUAGACGCCGAGUAUUUGGAUUUGGUGGUAGUAAUGUUUGUUUAUGUUCUAAAUACGUUAACAUUUGUUUGAAAAACUAACAUUUUUAGUUUUAUUUAUUAAUUUGUCGUUAAUUUUAUAUAUUUGCAAAUUCUGCCCGUAAUUAGAUUUUAAAAAUAAUAUUUUUUUUUAUUAUUAUUUAUUAAUCUUGAAAUGCACUCUCAGGCCCGUUCUACAAUGGCACGGAAACGGAGACAUCGAAAACGUAAACGGAGAAGGAUCUCCCUGACAUUUCAUUGUUGCAUCUGCUGCUUCCACAAUGCACGGAAACGUUACAAAUGGCAACCAAUGAAAGUGCAUUUCAAAAUUAAAAAAAUAUAAAUUUAACUAAAAAAAAUAAAAUAUAUAUGUUUUAAAAUAUAAGUACGGGUACAGUGACUAUUUUAGAUUUUUGUAUACAACAUGUACAGAACCAUGAUUUAAAUAAAGUACAGUCAAUAUUUAAGCCCAAUUUCUUUGCUGUAAGCGUACUUUUUGGAUUUAAUAAUAGUUCAAAUUUAUAUCUAGAUUUGCUGAUGUAUAAUUAUAUUUUAAUAUUAUCAUGUAUAGCAAGUUUUUUUAACAUUAACUGUCAAUUUAUUAUUUAUGAACCAAUUAUUAUUUCAUCUAUAGGUAUGUGACUUUUUUUGUAUUUAAAUUACGUGGAAAUAAACCUGAUACUAAGAUUCUGUUAAUGGCAUUUAUAAUCCUAUUAUGAAAACGUUGAUUUUGAUGAUCUCUGCGACCCUUGCGAAACUCCGUGGAUAGUAUUUCAACUUCAAGUCAAACUCAUAGCUUUUAGCUUAACUGCCAGGUGGCAGCAUUGCUCAAACAGGAUAAGCCUGCAAUCUACCGUCAUUUUAUAUGAACUAGUUUUAAAAUAUCAGAUUCGACAGAAUUCCGGAUCGGUAUGGUUCUGGCGUACAGGUUAGUCACUGGAAUUUCACCUAAAAUAUUUCGACACUUUUCCGUGUGCUAUUUGUAGAUGCUAAUAACAAACAGAAUAGUCACUACGCCGUUUCGACACAAUUCCGUCAUUCCUACGAUUGUGCGGAAUAUAUACUAUUCCGUGUCGGUACAAAUCCGGGCCACCUUUCAGAAUUUAUUUCGUAGACGGAAUAGUCACUAUUCCGUUCGAUGAAAAUCCGUUCUUCUACUUAGGAAAUCCGGAAUAGUCACUACGCCGGGUCGAAACAAUUCAGUCGCCCCCUUUUCAAAUAUAUAUUUCUAACAUCUCUGUUUCUAACGAUAGGUUUUUACUACUGAGGUAAAGAUAGCAAGUUAACAAUAAAACAUUUUGUUUCAUAACAUCAUUUGCGGUGCAUACAUCUCAUUGUGAUUCCAGCAAAAUGUGUUACUAUUUUUUUGAUGAGGGUCGUGGAUUCUAUUUGAAAUCCCUGGUGUGAUUGGCAGUGGCGUAGCUAGGAUUUGUGUAUGGGGGUGUUAAGAAGCAUGGCCCUAUUAUUAAAACGGGUGGUCCGGGGGUCCUCCCCCAGGAAAAUUUGGAUUUUUAGUUGUGAAAUAGUGCUAUUUUAGCAGUUUUCGGUACUUAAAUUUAAAUAUUGUAAUGGUAAAAAUGUUAUUAAUUUUAAUAUGAAAUUUGUUUGAGUGAUGAAAAAAAAAUUAAUUAAAGAUUUUUGGCUAAGGGGGCGUGGGGGUUGAACCCCUAAACCCCCCCCCCCCCCUGGCCACGCCCCUGGUGAUUGGUAAUUUAUAAAUGUAAGUGUACUAGAACAAUGGACUUUAACAUUACCUGUACUUUAUCCUAGAGUACACCUCUUUUGUUUUAUUUUGUAAUUUUCUUAUGUUUUGGCUUUUCCAAAAAUUAAGAAUAUAAUUUUGAAAAUACUUUUUUUUUAGAACUAGAGAUGCCUGUAUUUACCCUGAAUACAGCUUUUUUUAUAUUUCUAUUAAUUUCUAAAAAAUCACCGUUUAUAGCUUAGAUUACAAUACCUAUGCAUUGAUUAUUUAUUUAUAUAUAGCUGCAAAUGGGUACACAGGGAUACCAACAUCUACGGAUUCUCCGUAGUUCCUACGGACAGAGUAUGUAAACUACGAAUCUCCGGACGGUGUAUGGCUGACUACGGAUGCGCGGCAAAUUAGUUAGUAGUCCUCUUUUUUGGCGUUCAGUAAAUUUUUAAUCGGCAGACAAACAUUAUUCUGAGAGCCGUGUUCCUUGUUUUAUGUAUUUAUUAAUUACGUUGUAUUCAUUUGUUAGUGAAGAAUGCGGACUACAGGCCAGGCAUCGCGAAGAUGUUUAUUGCGUUCUUUGUUUUGUGUAGUUCACCUUCACAAGGCUGGCGCGCGCGCGUCGCUAUCCGUGCAGCGUUGCCAUUAAAGUGAUGCGUAGACGUACCGAUGUUUCGGUACUCGUAGCAGUAGUUUCCAGGACGUUCUGUUACGUGCGUACCUGUCUUACGCGGCGAGCGUACCAUACUCACUAAGCGACUAACUUACUUGCACUGUUGCCACGCACUUCAGUUCGGGACAUUGUUGUUUACACCCGGUUGCCAGUAUUAGUUGGACCACUUUCUGCAGAAAGGAACCAACCCACAAAAAUGGGAAAAAUGAGCCAACCUCGUUACUUGAAAAAUUAUAUCUCAUUCUACAUUCUGCAGAAAGAAACCAACCUCUAACUAUUUUGUGCACCUAUCUAUGUGAUUUUUAAAGAAGGACUGAAAGUUACUUGGGAUGUAUUACAUUCUGCAAAAAGGAACCAUGUUGUUUGGUUCUUCUUUGCAGAAAACAUAUAAUGGAAAUUUUUUUCACCAGAACAGAACCAUGUGAGUUGGUUCCUUUUGUAGAAAUGUAUACCUAUUGUUCUAUGAUCUGUUUAAAGUAAACAUUGAUGUUUACAGAGUGCAGAUACAGACAUUAAUGCUAGUUAUAGAUUUCAAAUAGCUAUUACAGAUUCUUAAUGUGGUUAGUGUCUAAAAAAUAUGGACAUUUUUAGCAGGGGUAAAAAAUUGGUAGAGCUUUGUAUAUUACAAAACCCAGCUAACAAUAGUGAUUGUGAAGCAGGAGAGAGUUUGAGGCAAGUUCAGAGUAUUGAGGUAAGUGCAGACUUUAAUAACAAAAAUAAUAAUCUAGUUAUUUGGUCGAUGUAAGUAAUUAUCAUGAUAUAAAUGUGUUAUUUUAUUUUAGGAUGCUUCCAAGGAUAAUAAAACAUGUGAUGUUUGGCCUGGAAAUAAAAUGUUGUUGGAUAAUCCUGUUAGCAAUCCAACAACUGAAAGCAACAUUGAUAUAAUACUCCAAGAAGAAGAGGGAAAUAGAAGAGAGAAUAAUGUACAGGACCCUGAAUGUACUGGACUUCCAGUAGUAACUCUCUGGCAAAAUGACUUUGAUUCAGUACUGUUGCCAGUACCAGGAGUUGAAAUAGAGUUCAUUACUGCUAACUUCACAAACACAUCCCUGGCUGGAAACCUAACUACAGAGAUAAAUGGGACUGGCUUGGAAAAACACGAUACUGAUCCCAUCGAGAGUGUACAACUUUUGCCUGCUGAUGAAACUAGUUUAGAAGUAACCAGAAAAAAUGCAAACAUUGUAGCAUCUACAAGCCAUGAUAUUCUUCAGGGAGAAGAAAAUAUUAGUGAGGAGGAAAUGUUAGUUCACCAAAAUGCUGAUACCGAUUCAGACUUUGCACCUAAACCACCCGACUCUCCGCAGAAAGGAUGUGAUCCGCGGCCAAAGCGAGGGCGAAAGAGGAAGCAUGAAACUUCAAGAGAAGAAAACAAAGCAAAACGAAAUAGAAAUGAAGAACAUUACAACAACAAAGGUGUAAAAGUUGUAAAAUCUUUCAAAGAUUACCGAUGCAAUUGCUCACAAAUGUGUCACGAGAGACUUUCAGUAGAAGUGCGAAAAGAACAGUAUAUAAAAUACUGGGAGCUUGGUUCUUAUGAUGCACAAACCAAUUUCAUUGCUGCUCAUGUGUCUGAAAAUACAAAGAAAAGAAGCCAAGGAAAAAAUGAAGCAAAGAGAUGUUUUUCAAGACGUUACAGAUUUGGCAGUGAAAAUGUAUGUAGGGAUAUAUUUGUCAUUACUCUUGGAAUUUCAACUAAAAGAGUUAAUACCGCACUAAAAAAGUUAAGGACUUCUUCCAUUACUGACAAAAGAGGCCACACACAAGGUGGGAAGAACAAGAUAUCGGAUGGCAAGAAACAAGAAGUAGUGAGACAGAUUUCCAAAAUACCAAAAUAUAAAUCUCAUUACAGACGGGAACAAACUGGUGCUAAAUUUCUUCCCCCAGGCAUGACCUUACAAGAUAUGUAUGGAGCCUACAAAACUGAAGUUUCUGAGCCUGUUAGUUAUUCCACUUAUAGGCGCAUCUUUCUAAAUGACUUCAAUCUGAGAUUUAAAGCAUUGAAAAAAGACACAUGCAAUUCGUGUGAUACCUACGCAGCAAAAUUGCAGACUCCGUAUUCUGAAGAAGAGACAUUGAAAAUAAAGCAGGAUCACGACAAACACAUUGAUAUUGCAGAAGAGGCUCAAAAACUUAUGAGGACUAACAUGAAGGAUGCAAAAGACCAACCUGCAAUGGAAUGUUUGACAUUCGACAUGGAAAAAACGUUACCACUACCCAGGAUUCCUACCAAUGUCAUGUUUUACAAGAGACAGUUGUGGUUGUAUAACUGUGGCAUUCAUUCUGGAAAAUACAGCAAAGGUUUGUGCUACGUUUGGGUUGAAGGUCAGGCAGGUCGUGGUGCACAAGAAGUUGGAUCAUGUUUACUCCACCAUAUUGAAAAUAAGAUUGAGAAAGACACAAAGACACUUAUUUUAUGGUCUGAUAGCUGUGGUGGCCAAAACCGAAACAUUAAAUUGACGCUCAUUUUGAAAGCUGCUUUGGAAUCUCAUCCCUCGUUGACAAAAAUUCACUUACGGUUUCUUGUAUCAGGACACAGUUUCUUACCAAACGAUGCUGACUUUUCUGAUAUUGAAACUGCUCUCAAACAUCAGCAGCGUCUUUACCUUCCCGAGGACUACAAAGAAGUAAUGAAGACAUGCAGAAAAAGAAAUCCUCUUGAAGUGGUUGAAAUGAAAAAAUUCAUCGGAACAUCCCAGCUGGAACAGAUGGUUAGCAAUAGGAAGAUAGAUGUGAACAAAGAAAAGGUUUCUUGGUUACAAACCAGAGAAAUAAUGCUAGAGAAGAACAAGCCUUUUUCUAUUUUUCUGAGAAAAGACUUUGUAAGUGAAUAUUCAGAAAUUGAUAUCAAAAAACGUCAAAGUGGCCGACCUUUAACCGGUUUCCGUGAUAAACUAAUACCUCUGUGGGAAAAUGGUAAACCAAUAGCCAUCCCAAAGCUUCGUGACAUAGAAUCGGUAAUGGAUUUAAUACCUGGUGAUGCCAAAGAGUUCUACAAAGCCUUGUUUGGAGCUGCACAAGUAGAAGAUGAUGUUGAUGGCUUCUCAGGAGCACCAGAUUUUGAUGUGGAAUAGUGUAGCAGAUGUUACUGUUUUUCAGACUACAAAACCAAAUUUUUAAAUAGAAUCAGUGAUGAUUGUAAUACUUGGUGAUGACAAACAGUUCUAUACAAAGCGUUGUUCGGAGCUGUACAUGUAAAAGAUGAUGUCGCUGGCAUCUAAGAGUACCACAUUUUGACGAAGUGUAGCAAAUAGCUGUGGGUUUUAAACUACUAACAAACUACCUACUUAUAGUUUUGAAGUAUCUAGUAGUAAGUAUUUUAAUAAAAAAUGUUACUUUAGAACAGGUUUAUUAAGGAAAAACUUUUAUUUUAUUAGUAGUUGUAUGUAAAUAUAUUUUGUAUUAAAAAAACUACAAAAUGUUUACUAAUGUAUUUACUUAAAGUUUCUGUCGUAUUUAUUUUUGUUAAUCAAGUGUAUUAAAAACUAUUAAUUUAUAAAAUCAGAAACACUAAUAGUGCAGCUUGGAUCAUCCAACAAAUUAAAUAACAAUAUUAUUCUAUUCUGCAUAAAGGAACCAAUAAACAAAAAAACUAUUUUAAGUGUUAAAUAAUAAACUUUAUUUACUGAAAUUUGGAGGGAUGCUGCAGGAGUAAUAAAAGAGCUGUAGUAGUGAAUAUUGACAUUCUACACAUCCUUCUGAAUUGUUUAUUGAAGAUACACUUUGACUAUCAUUAUCUCAGUUCUUAUGUUGUGUGUGUUGGUUCCAUUCUGCAAAAAGUGGUCCAGUUUGCCUUUGCCGGUUGUAGUUUGUGUUUGCGUUAUCUGUUGAAAUGUGGAACAGUGGUUGUUAAAAUAAAUUAGUCAUGAUAUAAGGCGAAGUAAAUAUUCAACAACCAUGUCGGGCGAUGAAUGCACGACCACGAAAAGACAAAAGGUCGCAGCGCAGCGGUUUCGGACUGAGUAUGCACGCUAAUGGCAAUGUUUGAAAACCAGCGAGGUGUCGGAACAUAGUGCUUUUUGUACCGUGUGUAAUUGUGACUUUUCAGUCAAACAUGGAGGCCGUGAUGAUUGCAGGCGACACAUCGCUUCCAAGAAACACAUCGAACUUGCGAAGAUUAAGGCGGGAACGAAAUCAUUAAGUUCGUUUUUUACCAAGACAGAGAAUUCUCACAGCAUCAUGAAUGCGGAAAUGCUAUUUACAUGUUUUAUAGUAGAACAUAAUUUACCACUAUCAUCAGCAGACCACGCCGGAGAUUUAUUUAGGGCCAUGUUUCCGGACUCUACAAUUGCUAAGAAAUAUGCAUGUGCGCGUACUAAAACAACUGCAGUUCUUAAGUCGAUAGCGCAAGAUACAACACGCGAUGUUGUUUCCAUCCUGCAACAUGGUAAGUUUUCCAUGGCAACUGAUGGCAGUACAGACCAAAAUAGUGUUAAACUCUACCCCAUUUUGGUCAGUUACUUUGACAGUUCUAAAGGAGAAAUAGUAACUGCUUUGCUCUCCAUUUUAGAAACAGACGACAACACUGGAAAAGGAAUUUUCUCUGUUAUUGAUUCAGAGAUGAAGGCAAAAAAUAUACCUUGGAAAAAUUGUGUGGCAUUUGGCAGUGACAAUUGUAAUACAAUGUUAGGGCAUUUGCGAGGAGUAGCAUCCUUCUUGAAAACAGCAAAUCCUAGCAUAGUAGUUCAAGGUUGUGUGUGCCAUUUAUUGCAUAUUUGUGCCCAGAAGGCUGCAAAACAGUUGGGGAGUGACAUCGAAACAUUAGUUGUUGACAUUUACUAUUACCUUGAAAAAAGCUCAAAGAGGAAAAAGGAAUUAGUUGCUUGCCAAAAGCUGUGUGGUUUGAAAACACACAAAAUUUUGAAAUAUGUUUCGACCCGCUGGCUGUCAUUAUUGGAUGCUAUUAACAGACUUUUGGAACAGUGGGAUGCAUUGUUAGAGUUGUUUGGUGUCGAAGAUGAGUCAGUUAACGAUAGCCAUAGUUCUCGUUUCUUAAGUGUAAGGAACAUUUUAAAAUCUCCUCUCACCAAGCUGUACUUUUUGUUUCUUAGUAGUGUAUUACCCGCUUUCACUUCUUGCAAUGUAAAGUUGCAAUCUGAGGCUCCAUCCAUACACAUUGUUAGCAGAGAACUGUUGGCCUUGUUCACAGAUCUGUUGGCCUUGUUCACAGAUCUGUUGGUUCGUUUCAUGAAACCAGAUGCAGUUGUUUCAACUAAUUCUGACAUAACUGAGGUACAGUUAAAAAAACGGCAUCAGAAAUCAGAUGAAAACCUUGUGAUUGGAGCCAAAGCAAGAGUUUACUUAAGGGAAAAUGAAGAAAUACUUUCUACAUCACAGUUGAAGUCAUUUUAUGAGUCUGUCAGAAAUUUUUUUGUUGUAGCUUGUGACUAUAUGAUUUCUAAACUUCCCAUGAAGGAUAAAUUUUUGAAACACACUGAGAUAGUGGAUGUCAAUCUUAAGAAAGAGAAGAACUUUUCAUUUGUAGAGUAUCUUAUGUCUCAAUUUCCUGGGGUUGUCAAUGAAAGUGAGAUGGAUGAAAUAGAGCUUGAAUUCAGUAGGUACCAGAUUGACGAACUAAAUCAAGAAAUCCUAGGUUCACCAAAAAUGGACGUAUGUUGGGGAAAAAUCUCCAAAUUGGUAGAUGCGAGUGGCAGUGUUAAGUACAAGGUUCUCCCAAAACUUAUGCUGACCAUAUUAUUAGUUCCUCACAGCAAUGCUGCGACAGAGCGUAUUUUCAGUAUAGUAAGGCAAAAUGCUACUGACUUUCGUGCAAAUCUUGGAACUGAGACAUUAAAUGCUUUAAUGGUUGAAAAAAUAAAAAUGGGUGCACACGGAGAUAAAUGUUACAAAAAGAAGUUUUCCAAGAAGCAACUAGAAAUGGCUAAGCAUGCUACUGUUAACCAGUUGAAGCAAGGAGGGGUGCAUAAGGAGGAUUUAUAAAUUAACUUGUUGGCACACUGCUGAAAUGAGACGAUUUUGUAAAUAUGUGUGUGUAUAUAAGUUAAAUGUAUAUAGACAUUCCAGAAAUGAGUGUACAACUUAAAAAAAAAAAAAAAAUAGUAGGCCUAGGCCUAUUUCAUAACUUUCGGAAAUAUGUGAUCAGAAAUUCCUGUUGAGGUGAGCUUGCAAUUUUUUAUUUAUAAUUUAGCCAUAAAUGAGAUAUUUUAGUUGUGAGUGCAGGUAAAUGUAAUGUACCAUGUUUUAAGUGUUCUGAUUUAUUUGGUCUCUCAUUGUGUUUGUCUCCGGACCCCUCUCUUACAAAGUGUGGUCGAUGAUCCAUUGGCGAGGAGGGGUGACUACUGAUGAGACUACUCAGAAGUUGGCAUCCCUGGGUACAGAAGUGCCCGGUGGCAAGCAUUCUCCCUACUUUCCCCACAUUUUUUCCCCUUUCUGUUCUCCUCCUCUUUGAAGACCUUCCUAGUAUUUUCCGUCCUACUUCUAGGCAUUCCCCCAGCUCUCCCCAUCCUCCCACUCCACUCAGCACCUGGUACAUCUUGACUAGUCUCUCCUUCUGUCUUCUGUCCUUUAAGCUCUCCCAUCUCAAUCCUAUCAUCAUCUCUGUGGUACGACACUCUCCCUUCCCUUCUCUGUCUAUUCUCCUCCACUUGCCCUUCACCCAUCUAGCUGCUCUCCUCUGCACCCCCUCCAGCUCCCUCUCAAGCACUGCCGUGUAUGGGUCCCACACUGCUGCGGCAUACUCCAGCAUGGGGCGGACCAUAGUUUUGUAGGCCAUAUCACGUAAGGUGCUGCUUCCACCCCUGAGCACUCAUCCCAGCAUGCCCAGGGCCUGUCUGCUCUUCUUCACUACCUUGUCUACAUGCUCCCCCCACCCCAGGUUACCCUGCAGCACAACCCCUAGAUAUUUAUAACUGGUGGCCUCACUUAUCACGUCUCCCCUCCAGCGAUAUUCCUUCCUGUCAAUCUUCCUCUGCAGCAAUUGACUAAAAAAUUUCAAAUAUAUUGAACUGCUUCUGUAGAACUCUUGUCUCAGAAUAACACAAUGUGUAACUAU